GGUCAGCUGACUCCAACAGGAAGUGCGCAAGAAACUGAUAAUAACAGGAACUCUUCCUAGAAACAAACUUAUUUUUUCGGUAAUUUACGUGUGUUGAUGAUGGAGUCGACCCUCGAGCAGCAUCUUGAUGAUACCAUGAAGAAUCCAGCUGUGGUCGGUGUGUUGUGUACGGACCAACAAGGACACAAUCUGGGGUGCCGUGGCUCCCUGUCUGAUGAACAUGGAGGUGUUGUGUCAGUUCUAGCCAAACAAGCUGCAGCUCUUACCAGAGACCCGACAGAUACUCCGACUGUGUGCCUGGAGUCUGAGUCUGGAAACAUUCUGGUGAGGAGUCACGGGACCAUCACAGUAGCAGUUCACAAAAUUGCAUCUUGAAGACUGUUGCAUCGAACCACGGAGAAGUUGUUUUUGUAAAGGAUUGUACAUGUAAACAUACUGCAGUUCUAGGGUGGAUGUGCUGUUUGCAGGAGAGAUCUGGAGUUUACACACUGUUUGUUAUGUGUUUUUGUGUGUUCAGCCUCUGUAUUCAAACCAUUGAAAACAUGAACAGUUUUCUGUCCUUUUAUAUAUAUAUAUAUAAAUUAUAUAAAUGACCAUUGAUUCUAGUUUAUUUAUCCCCUGAAUGAUGUACUAACCCUGUAUUUGUGUGUUUUUUCUCAACACUCAUAAUGUAAGGCAGUCAUGCACAGAGUAACAGCUCUUAAUAAACUUUAACUUGAUUUGUGCCGA